AUGCGGCUGUCCACCAUCGCCCUCGCCUUGCCGCUCCCCGCAGCUUUCGCAGCGCCGGCCUCGAAGCGGGACUCACCGGCUCCUCUAAUCGUCCCACGAGGGGCCACAUUGGUUCCCAAUCAGUACAUUGUCAAGUUCAAAGAAGACCCUGCUGCCGCUGCCGCCAGCGACGCCCUCGUAGCUGCCCAAGCAAGAGCUACCCGCCACUACAACAACGUGUUCAAAGGGUUCGCGGCGCAUCUGGACGCAGCGACUGUUGCGCAACUUCGCAACGACCCAAACGUUGACUUCAUCGAGCAGGAUGCCGUGUCAAGCAUAACGGAGUAUAUAACCCAGUCCCCAGCGACAUGGGGAAUCUCACGGCUCUCCCACUUGAAACCACAUAUUAGGAACUACGAGUAUGACUCAUCCGCCGGCGAGGGUACUUGCGCCUUUGUUCUCGACACGGGCGUAUUUGCCGAGCAUCCGGACUUUGAGGGCCGCGCCAAGAUGCUCAAGUCGUACGUCCCCGGCCAAGACACAGACGGCAAAGGCCACGGAACCCACGUCAGCGGCAUCAUUGGCAGCAAGACGUUUGGGGUGGCCAAGAAGACCAAGAUCUACGGAGUCAAGGUCCUGGACAACGAGGGAAACGGAAACAACACGGGCAUCAUGGAGGCCAUAGACUGGGUGGCCAAGUUCAUCACCUGCGGCAAGUGCUCAAAAGGCGUCGUCGUCAACAUGAGCUUCAGGGGAGGGUACUCGGUCGCCAUGAACCAGGCGGCCGCCUCCCUGGUCAAGGCCGGCGCGUUCGUCGGCGUGGCGGCCGGCAACGAUGCCACCUACGCGUCGUCCUACUCGCCGGCCUCCGAACCGAGCGUCUGCACUGUGGGGGCGAGCGACAAUGAUGACUAUGCCACCCCCUGGUCCAACUACGGCGCUGCCGUGGACGUCUUUGCGCCGGGCCUGGACAUUCAGUCAACCUGGCCCGACGGCCAAUGGCAAUACCUAGACGGGACGUCCAUGUCGGCGCCGCACGUUGUCGGCCUGGCGGCAUACCUCGGCGCCUUUGAGGGUAUCACCGGCGGGGCGGCGUGCGAUCGCAUCAAGGCGCUUGCCAGGAAGGACAUACUAAAGGAAGUCCAGGGAGAGGGUACGCCGAACUUGCUUGUAUUCAACGGCUAUCCAGCGGCGACUUAG